GGGGGAGACAGGAGCCAGAACGUACGCCUAGGAGUCAGGCGGCGGGAUCAAGGGGUGUCGGGGUGUCUGGGCGCCUGUAAGAGCGUGGAGGCGGCUGCAGUCAACGGUCGCCAAGACAACCAUUCUACGCGAGGACGCGGCGACAGGAGGGGAGCGGCCCGCGGGGGAGAGCGCGGGGGGAAGAGGAAAGAGGAAGAAGCGCUCAGAUGCUCCGCGCCUGUCGUGAAGGUUAAAACCGAAAAUAAAAAUGGGCUAGACACAAAGGACUCGGUUCUUGUCCCAGCCCGGCGCCCUCGGCGAGCGAGCAGCUGGGAGGGGAAGGGGCGCCCGGACCCAGUUGGGACCCCCGGGUGCAACUCCACCUACCUAGUCCGGCGCCAGGCCCGGCCCGCAGCUCCCGCAGCGCCAGCGCCACGCCGUGUCCAGAUGUCGCGUCGGAGGCGUGCAGCGGUUUCGUUUAAUUUCGCUUGUUUUCCAAAUCUAGAAGAGGAGCGGAGCGGCUUUUAGUUCAAAACUGACAUUCAGCCUCCUGAUUGGCGGAUAGAGCAAUGAGAUGACCUCGCUUUCCUUUCUUCCUUUUGCUUUUUUAAACAAUCUAGUUCGAAGAAUGUAAGACUUUCGACGAGGGGAGCUAGGAAUAAAGCAAGGGGAAUAGGGGAGCGGGGACGCGAGCAGCACCAGAACCCGCGGGAGCGCGGCUGUUCCUGGUCAUGAUGAUGGGCAGCGCCCACGUGGCGGAGCUGCUGCUGCUUCACGGCGCAGAGCCCAACUGCGCCGACCCCGCCACUCUCACCCGACCCGUGCACGACGCUGCCCGGGAGGGCUUCCUGGACACGCUGGCGGUGCUGCACCGGGCCGGGGCGCGGCUGGACGUACGCGAUGCCUGGGGCCGUCUGCCCGUGGACCUGGCUGAGGAGCGGGGCCAUCGCGAUGUCGCACGGUACCUGCGCGCGGCUGCGGGGGGCACCAGAGGCAGUAGCCAUGCCCGCAUAGAUGCCGCGGAAGGUCCCUCAGGCAUCCCCGAUUGAAAGAAACACCGAGGCUCUGAGACACCUCCGGAAACUUAGAUCAUCAAUCACCGAAGGUCCUACAGGGCCACAACUGCCCCCACCACAACCCACCCCGCUUUCGUAGUUUUAAUUUAGAAAAUAGAGCUUUUAAAAAUGACCUGCCUUUUAAAGUAGAUAUACGCCUUCCCCCACUACCGUAAAUUUCCAUUUAUGUCAUCUUUUAUAUAUUGUUAUAAAAAUGUAAAAAAGAAAAACACCGCUUCUGCCUUUUCACUGUGUUGGAGUUUUCGGGAGUGAGUACUCACGCCCUAAGCGCACAUUUAUGUGAGCACUUCUUGCGAGCCUCGGAGCCUGAGGAAGCUGUCGACUUCAUUACAGGCUUUUGUGAACUAGAGAAGCUCAGAGGGGUUACUGGCUUCUCUUGAGUCACAUUGCUAGCAAAUGGCAGAACCAAAGCUCAAAUAAAAAUAAUUUUCAUUCAUUCACU